GAAAGCCUGCCUGUCAGACAGAGACCAGUCUUGUAGCAGAAGUGUGAGUCUUCUGAGAAAUCAAAAAAAGAGGCAUUUAUGGACCCUUAGCAGGAGGGAGAGGCACCUGGGGUCCUAAAGAAGAGAGAAGGUGACAUCUCUGAGAAGCUGUGUGCCAGCCCCAACUGGGAUCCAAGAUAUUCACUAUUAACAGUCCAGGAAGGAUCUAUCUUAUACAAAGGAACUUCCCAGGGCUUCUGGAAUUACAAUGGAAGGGGAAGCUGGGGAGGAACUGGGGCCAGACAAGUCUGCCCCCAAAGAUUUCCACUUUUAUCAUAUGGAUCUCUAUGACACUGAAGACAGAUUACACAUCUUCCCUGAAGAAAACAUUAGGAUGCAGAGGGAUGGCAUCCAAGCUGAAGUGAGCAGUGAGCCGAGAGGGGAAGGGGAUGGUAAGAUUCAAAGAGACCUUCAAGAGGAAGUGGAUGAACUUGUCCAUUUAUACGGACUUGAAGAUGAUCAUGAGUUAGGGGAUGAGUUUGUUGAUGAAAACUUGUUCAGAGUAGGGGUUCCAGAAUAUCCUUCUCAUAUGAUGAAGAGGAGAGACCCAGCCAGGGAGCAGAGAGACUGGAGACUCACUGGAGAGGCAGCAGAGGCCAAGGACCUGGGCUUCAGAGGGUGGGGAUCAGCAGGUCAGUGCCAGGACUUGCGGGAAGCCUACAGGUACACGCAUGGCCGAGCCAGUGAGGAGUAUGAAUGCUAUGUCAUCCCUGAAGAGGAGGAUGAGGAGGAAGCUGCCGAUGUCUUCUGCAUCACUUGCAAAACUCAAAUAAGAGCUUUUCAGAAAACUUUUGAUGAACACAAGGAGCAUGAAGUGAUGCCACUCAGCAAGGCCCUGGAAAGCGCCAAGGAUGAAAUUCACAAAAACAUGUACAAAUUGGAAAAACAGAUUAUUGAAAUGGAAAACUUUGCCAACCACUUGGAGGAGGUUUUCAUCACUGUGGAGGAGAAUUUUGGAAAACAGGAACAAAACUUUGAGUCCCAUUACAAUGAGAUCUUGGAAACACUUGCUCAAAAAUAUGAAGAAAAAAUACAAGCUCUAGGGGAGAAAAAGAAGGAGAAGCUGGAAACAUUAUAUGGACAACUGGUCAGCUGUGGAGAAAACCUGGACACCUGUAAAGAGCUGAUGGAAACCAUAGAGGAGAUGUGCCAUGAGGAGAAGGUUGAUUUCAUAAAGGAUGCAGUGGUUAUGGCUGACAGACUUGGAAGAUUCCUGAAAACAAAGACAGACAUGGAAAUCUCUGCGCAACCUGACUUUGAAGAUCAGACCUUAGACUUCUCUGAUGUGGAGCAGCUAAUGGGCUCCAUUAACACCAUUCCAGCUCCUUCUGCUCCAGUGAUAAAUCCGCAGGCCCCCAACUCAGCCACGGGUUCCUCAGUCCGAGUGUGCUGGAGCUUGUACUCCGAUGACACUGUGGAGAGCUACCAGCUGUCCUACCGGCCAGUGCAGAACAGCUCACCUGGGAAGGACCGAGCAGAGUUCACUGUGACCAUCAAAGAAACAUAUUGCUCAGUGAUGAAACUUGUGCCGAAUACACAGUAUGAAUUUUGGGUGACGGCUCAUAACAGAGCUGGCUCCAGCCCUCCGAGUGAGCACGCAGUGUACAUGACAGCACCUUCUCCCCCCAUCAUCAAAACCAAAGAGAUAAGAAGCUGUGAGGAGGCGGCGCUGAUUUGCUGGGAGUCUGGGAACCUGAAUCCCGUGGACUCAUACACCAUGGAGCUGACCCAGGCAGAAAGGCCGGAGGCUGCAGGUGUAACUGAAUCUGUCGUGGGCAUCCCAACCUGUGAGUCCCUGGUGCAGCUACAGCCUGGGCAAAGCUACCUGGUCUGUGUGCGAGCCCUCAACGUGGGGGGGCCCAGCGAGAGGAGUCAGCCUGUUGCAGUCCAUACCAAAGGAAGCUACUUUCACCUCAACGAGGACACCUGCCAUCCCUGGCUGGCCAUUUCUGAAGAUGGGUUUACAGUCGUCAGAAGCGAAAGGCAGACCACUGCCAGGGAGCCACUCCCCAGCAGCGCGCGCUUUACCAGGUGUGUUGCUGUCAUGGGAAAUCUGAUCAUGGUCCGAGGGCGCCAUUACUGGGAGGUGGAGGUGGAUGAGUUUUUGGACUACACAGUUGGCGUGGCCUUUGAAGACGUCCCUAAACAGGAGGACCUGGGAGCAAACCGCCUUUCCUGGUGCAUGAGGCACACAUUCACAUCAUCAAGGCAUAAGUAUGAAUUUCUGCACAACAGAACAACUCCAGAUAUGAGAAUAACAUGUCCCCCAAAGAAGAUUGGCAUUCUAUUAGACUAUGAAAAUUCAAAGUUGUCAUUUUUCAAUGUGGACAUUUCUCAGCAUCUGUACACAUUCAGCUGUCAGCUUUACCAAUUUGUACAUCCCUGUUUUUCUUUGGAAAACCCUGGGUGUCUAAAGAUACAUAAUGGUAUUUCCAUGCCAAAGUCUAUCACUUUCUGACCAUUCUGAUGUCCAGUCUCCUCUCUUGAAUUCCUACGCCUCUUGCAGCCACUCUCACCUCAGCUGGCCAACCUUUGUAUUCAAGCAACAUGCAGCCAGUACAUUCUGUAGCUCAUAUAACUGGCAGACAAGUGUGCUGGCUCUCAUUUCACCCGACCCGGAUUCCAUGCACUGCUACCUAUGUGAUGCUAGGGUAACCAUUACCAGGCCUGGCCGUAAAAUGAGGGUUCAGACUAAAUGAACACAAGUCUUUUAAGUUGUCAAAAUGUAUUUGUCUAUUUGUGUACAUGCAGAGAUUCUUGAGUCUCCAAGACUUAAAGAGCUCAGGGGAGGAGAGAAGCCUUAGUGGCUCCAACAGCCAGUACACUUUUCAUAGGUCAAUGAAGAACAGACUUGAGAAGGCCAGAGGCUGCCCAGGAAACCAGGGACCUCAUAUACCCUUCUUGAUGCCCUCUCCCCUUCUAUUUGUACAUAGUGAGCAGCACUGUCUUUGUAACACCCCCGUGCUGCUUUCCAAUUCUAAAAGUACCUCUAUAAUGCCUAAUUCCAUGAAGGCAGGGAUGGUAUCUGUUUUGUUUAUCACUUGAUCCCCAAGGGCUACUGCUGACACCUAAUAUUUGUUGAUAAAUGAAGAUCUUCAUCUAGCUCCCUAUGAAAGAUGCCAGGGUUCUCUACAGCAAAGGAUCUAUGACCAGGAGAGAGGUAAACCUUGAGGGAGGCAGUGAGAAACAGAAGGGCAAGUAUGCCCUGAUGGCAAGUCGAGGGAAAUGGAGCACUCCUGCUACUACAGCAGCUACACCUCCGUGUGGUGCUUCCACUGUGUGUGUGCUGAGGAGGGAGCCUGGGGAGGUAAAACAGAAAACAUUACACAUACGUGUGGUGCUUUCACUGUGUGUGUGUUGAAGAGGGAGCUUGGGAGAUAGAUGGAGGUAAAAUGGAAAGCAUUAGUUGCAACUGAUUCUAUAAACUGUCCAACAAUGUAAAAAGAACCAGAUUUGAAAUUAGAAGACAUAUGUUCGAUUGCUUUAUAGCUACUUUGCCUUAUGACUCUGGAAAAGUCACCUUAUCUUCUGGAGCUCCUGUUUCUCUUUAAUAAACAAGAGGAAAAACACUUGUCUCACAGGACUGGGAGACCUAAUGACAAGCUUGAGAGCACCUAAUAAUAUAUAGUAUAUUCCAAGUGCACAACAAUUUAAAAACAAAACAUCAGCCUACCACAGCGCAAAGCUGAGCACUAACGGGCUUGAAGGUGUCCUGCCUCACCACCCCCACGCCAUUGUGAACGUCACCCAACUCUGCCAGCUGCAUUCCUGGUUCUCUGGUUUCAAUUUCCAGUGCCACUUAAGCUCUGCACAAACAGCAUUUUCAAAGCUUGUAAGUCAAGCUACAGAGAACUCCCAUUGUGAAGCAAUUAUCAGAGACAAUUCAGUUUCAUGUCCCAUGGAUGCCUCUCUCUAAACCCAGAGAUGACCUAAUCUUAUUACUUACGUCAGCGGUUCUCAACCUGUGGGUCACGACCCACAGAACUGCAUUAAAGGGUUGUGGCAUUAGGAAGGUUGAGACCCACUGACUUACAUGUUAACUGAAAAGGUGUUUCACUUUAAAACUUUCCCGUUUUCCAGUAUAUGCUAAGUCUAACACACUGAACACUUCUCAUCUCCUGCUGAACUCUGCUUACUGGUAGAAGCAACAGCUCAGUUUCCUGAAUUAACAACUCACCCUAACAACAGCUCAUUACAAGACCUGCUCCACCCCACACACAUCUGCUCUGCUGGGCUGGAUCACUACCCUGAAAUAGGGAAGGUACAGCACAUGGAAGCACAAAAAUGGUUCAAGUUAUAAACAAUUGUAUGUGUGUGUACACUCAAAAAAGCUCUCAGCUACUGAAAUAGAAACUACCAAGUAGAAAACAGGAUAUCACACAGAUGGCACAUUUGAAUUCAAGAUUCUAACAGGCUUUCUAGAAUAUUUUAAUAUGAACAUGGGUAAAUGGAAAAAAAAACUAGACACUUUUAAGUUUUAAUAAAAUUUUUAUUUGACCCCAAAAACUGUCUAAAACUAUCUUUGACAUUUAAAAUCCACUAAAUAAGGCAGAUAAGCAAGCAUCCCAGUUAUUCCACAUAAAGAACCUUUGUUGAAACAUCCUUCUCAUUUAUUUAGAAAAAAAGAAAGUCAGUAACA